GCCUCUCCUCCCCCCGGUGUGCGGGCGGUGCACCUCCGCAAAUCUCCGCAGGGGCUGCCGUGGAGACCGGGGCCGACGGCGUCUCAGCGAGGGCCGUGAUUGGAGCAGAGCAGCUAAUCCUCGGGAGGCGUGGGAGGCAUGCGCGGUUGGAAGGCAGCGCUGCCGCGGGUUCCCCCCUGAGAGGCUUGCGCACGUCGCUGGGGCCCCAGACGCCUGGAGCAGAGGCGGGGAGCACGGGAAGCGGCGACCGGAAGUGUGACCUGAUGGCAGGACUGAGGAUGGGACAGCGCAGCAUACAGUCGGCACUCAAUAAGCAUUCACUCCGCUGUCAUUGCAGCAGCCUCAUCCCAUCCGUCCCCAGGGUGAGCAGUAGCCUCAGGGCCAAGCCAUCUUUCCGAUGAGGCCGGCAGCACUGUGCUCCCCAGGGCACACAGCCCCGGAGGACGAGAGCCCCAUCGUGGUGAAGCUGGAGGAGGUGGAGGCCACCCCAUGGGAUCCCGGCCCAGAGGCUGCGUGCUGGUGUUUCUGGCACUUCUGCUACGAGGAGGCAGCAGGGCCCGGAGAGGCCCUGGCCCUGCUCCGGAAGCUGUGCCGCCAGUGGCUGCGGCCGGAGGUGCACUCCAAGGAGCAGGUGCUGGAGCUGCUGGUGCUGGAGCAGUUCCUGAGCACACUGCCCCCCAAGAUCCAGGCCCGAGUGCGAGGGCAGCGGCCGGGCAGCCCCGAGGAGGCCGUGGCCCUGGUGGAGGGGCUGCGUCGGGAGCCAGGAGGACCCCGGAGAUGGGUCACAGUCCAGGUGCAGGGGCAGGAGGUGCUGUCAGAGAAGGUGGAGCCCUCCGACUUCCAGCCCCUCCUGCAAACCAAGCCUCAGACUACGGAACCUGGGCCUGAGACAGAGGUCACCACGCAGAGGUCGCCACCAAGCCCUCAGGUGAAAAAGGAGCCUGAGGACCCAGCUGAGGACAGGCAAGAGUUUCUGGGUUCUGAGGCUCCGGUCAACCCCCAGGAGGCCGCUUCCAGUCUCCUGCCUGAGGCCCAGGACUGUGGGAUGUUGCUGGACCAGGCCUCUCCCCACAGCAAGACUGAGCCUGAGGGCUCCUCGUGGAGGGAACACCCUGGGGCCCCAUGGAAAGAGGAAGCUGGGGGCAUCCCCUCCCAAGGGUCUGCGCCCCAGAUGGACAGCGUGUCUGCCGGCCCGGGCGCUGUGAGCCAACGCCAGUCAUGCUCCCGACUAGGUGGCUCCUCGCAUGCGCUCAUGCCCCCCGAAGACCCGGGAGACGAGCGGGACCGCACAGACAAGAAUCCCCACCGGGGCACGGGCCGCAUCGUGCGAGGUGGCCGUUGCGACGUGUGUGGAAAGGUGUUCAGCCAACGCAGCAACCUGGUGCGGCACCAGAAGAUCCACACGGGAGAGCGGCCGUUUGUGUGUAGCGAGUGUGGCCGCAGCUUCAGCCGCAGCUCGCACCUGCUGCGCCACCAGGUAACGCACACGGAGGAGCGGCCGUUCGUCUGCAGCGACUGCGGCCAGGGCUUCGUGCGCAGCGCGCGCCUGGAGGAGCACCGGCGCGUGCACACGGGCGAGCAGCCCUUCCGCUGCGGCGAGUGCGGCCAGAGCUUCCGGCAGCUCUCCAACCUGCUGCAGCACCGGCGCACCCACGGCGACCCUCCCGGCCCGGGCGCCGGGCCCCCCACGCCGCCCGGUGCGCCCGAGCCCCCGGGCCCCUUCCCGUGCAGUGAAUGCCGGGAGAGCUUCCCGCGGCGCGCGGCGCUGCUGGAGCACCAGGCCGUGCACACGGGCGAGCGGCCCUUCGCCUGCCCCGAGUGCGGCCAGCGCUUCCCGCGGCGCGCCAACCUCACGCAGCACCGGCGCAUCCACACCGGCGAGCGGCCCUUCGCCUGCGCCGAGUGCGGUAAGGCCUUCCGCCAGCGGCCCACGCUCACGCAGCACCUGCGGGUCCACACGGGGGAGAAGCCCUUCGCCUGCGCCGAGUGCGGCCAGCGCUUCAGCCACAGCACCAAGCUCAGCCAGCACCAGCGGGUGCACACGGGCGAGCGGCCCUUCGCCUGCCCCGAGUGCGGCCAGAGCUUCCGGCACCGCGUCAACCUCACGCAGCACCAGCGCAUCCACACGGGGGAGAAGCCCUUCGCCUGCGCCGAGUGCGGCAAGGCCUUCCGCCAGCGACCCACGCUCACGCAGCACCUGCGGGUCCACACGGGGGAGAAGCCCUUCGCCUGCCCCGAGUGCGGCCAGCGCUUCCGGCAGCGCGUCAACCUCACGCAGCACCUGCGCACCCACCGGCGCGAGAAGUGCUCCGGCCAGAGCGCCCAGCUCGCCCAGCACCAGCGCGUCCACAGCGCGCAGUAGGGCGCUCACCGACCCGGCCCACCUCGGCCUCUGUGCCCACGCGGGGAGGGGACGGUACACCUGCCCACGGGUUGUGAGGCCUCCGCCGCAGGGCCCGGCCCCGGUAGAUGCUCAAUAAACAGUAGAAGGAACCUG